CAACAGCAUUGUAUAAAAUAUAUCUAAAAUGGCGGCUAAUUUGGAUGAAAAGGCGGCGCUGGCACAGGCAGAUGAUGCAGUUAAAUCGCUUUUCCAGUUCAGAGAUCACUAUUUUGAAACACACGGGCUAGAAAAUGCAAGGCAAAAAGCAUCAGAUUUGGAUAAGACCCUAAAAGAGACAUUAACAAAACUAGAUAAACUUCAAUUCUGUAUUGACAACAAGGCCUCAUACUUUAGCCUUAGAGGGAAAGCUUUAAAUGUUGUUGCUGAGUAUGACUCACAAGCUGUAGACUUCUUAUCAAAAGCAGUCAAGCUUGAUCCAUCGUUAACAGAAGCCUGGAACAACCUUGGUGAGUGCUACUGGAAAAACAAAGACAUUGAUGCUGCAAGAAAUUGCUUUAUGUGUGCUUUAGCUAAGAAAAGAGACAAAGUAACUCUUAGAAAUUUGUCUAUGGUGCUGAGACAAAUUGGAAAAGACUCAACAGAGAUUUUAGAAAAUGUGAAAGAAAGUGUGAAAAUUGCCAAAGAGGCAGUGGGUCAAGAUUUUUCAGAUGGAAGGUCAUGGUUUGUCCUAGGAAAUGCCUACUUGUCAUUGUUCUUUGCUGGUGGACAGAGCCCGAGUUCCUUGAAACAGUCAAUGGCAGCAUAUACAAAAGCUGAGAAAGAUACCAUUGAACGAAAUAAUCCAGAUUUACAUUUCAACAGAGCAAUGGCAUACAGGUAUCAAGAAGAGUAUGCCUUGGCUUUAGGUGGUUUUGAGAGAGCAGCACUCUUGGACCCACAAUGGGAAGACCCCAGAGACGAAAAAAGGAAACUAGAAAGCUAUUUGCGCAAUACUCUUGAGUACAUAGAAGGAAAAGGAAAACUCAAAGCAAAAAAGCUGCAGAACCUAGUUCGUUCUCUCAAACCAUCUGAUGCUGGUCCUUACAGUGGUAGUGAGUACACAAGUCCUGCUGGCAAAACAACCUCAAUCACACAAGUAAUGAUAAAAAAUUUGGAGAGAGAAGUCAACACAGGAAAAGUCAUUGUAGGCAAAGUGGCUGCUGUAAUACCAUUUGAAAAUCCAGUACCUUUCCCAUUUGUGCUUGUUGAUGCUGACAUGGAGUGCAUUGGUGUUACUGUCUUCAACUUGGUUGCUGGCAAAGGUUUCAAUGUUGGGGAUUCUAUAGCAAUACCUGAACCAUAUGUGCAAGAAACUGAAAUCAAACUUGAGAGUGGUGAGAUGCUCAACUUCAAAAGUAUAAGAGUUGACAACCCAGUAGUAAUGGCGGUUAACAAGAGAAAAAUUGGAGCAGAUAAAUUGGCCUUUAGUGUCCUCUCUGUGACAAACAAAAGCGACUGAUGUUUCUUGUCCAUCACUUAAAGAAUAUCACCAUGCUGGAAGGAUCAUUCAGCCCUUGAAAUGCUCAGCAAUAACUUUGUCAAAAUUGGAAAGCAAGCUACCUCCUGCGGGGUUUGAUUAGCAUCCGUUCCCAGUGAGACACAGUUAGGAAUUUAUUUUAGACAUUCAGUUUUUCAUGAGAAAAACUUUUUUUAUCACAGUUUGCUUCAUGGAACUAUAAAAAACACUUCUUACCUGUUGUUAAGAUAGAUUAUUUAUUUGUUAAGAUUUUCCUUCUAUAGAAGCUAGUUCAUAUAGUUAAAGAUGAGAAUAACUAAUGUAGAAUUAUGGUCUUUGUGCUUUGUCAGGAAAAAGAAAAGUUCAAGAGCACAAUGGUAAAUACUUUUCAUUUUAUGUACUCUGUGGUCAAGUUCAGCAUUGGACUUUCUACUGCAUCAUUUGAUAACCUCCCUCCAACUCAUAGCUGUGGAGUCAUGAUAUUUUUAGACUUUAAUGCUUUUGGAAUCAAACAACUCAAGUUAGAAUAGUGUAACUAGUGUCAGUUUGUUAUUCUUUGCUUGACAAACAUUAAUGUUGACAUCAAUGUUGGGGUAGACAAUCUUUUAUGGGUUAUCAGUUUAGCUUUGAUUAGUAAGUUUUCGAUCAAAAUCAGUUGUCAUAAAUUGUAGAUAACAUAUUAUAUUUAUUCAUGUCAUUGUACAUAAAAUUUUUUGCUCGUAGUCUAAGGUUCUCUUUUCAUUGUCUUCUAUUGUUUAAAAUUUUAAAAACCGUUAGCAGGUUUAGGCCACUUCAUGGUACCAUCCUUCAAAGAAACCCACAUUUGCAUGAUGAUUGCUACAUGAUAAUGGAACUCUGAGUAGCAACUUAGAUCCCUUUUUGUACACAUCAAAGCAUAUGCUGCCCUGUGUAUUAUUCUGCAAAAGAACUGUCUAUAUAAUGACAAAUUUGUUUCAUAAAAAUUACUUGUUUGGUAAUACCUAAAAAAACUGAAGAAGCAGAUCUAUCAGAGAUCCCAACAUGUAGAUAAAU